GGCUUGGGUGCGUUCAAGAUUCGGCUCCACCCAUAACCCACUGCCAUGGCCGAGGAAGGCAUUGCUGCUGGAGGUGUAAUGGACAUAAAUACAGCUUUACAAGAGGUGCUGAAGACCGCACUCAUUCACGAUGGCCUAGCGCACAAAAUUCGUGAAGCUGCCAAAGCCUUAGACAAGCGCCAAGCCCACCUUUGUGUGCUUGCCUCCAACUGUGAUGAGCCCAUGUAUGUCAAGUUGGUGGAGGCCCUUUGUGCUGAACACCAGAUCAACCUAAUUAAGGUUGACGACAACAAGAAACUCGGAGAAUGGGUAGGCCUCUGUAAGAUCGACAGAGAGGGAAAACCCCGUAAAGUGGUUGGUUGCAGUUGUGUGGUGGUCAAGGACUAUGGCAAAGAGUCUCAGGCCAAGGAUGUCAUCAAGGAGUACUUCAAGUGCAAGAAAUGAACAAAUAAACUUGGCUUUUAUUUCUCAAAAAAAAAAAA